GUGAUAUAUCCAUGGAUGAAAAAGGCCCACAGCGGCAAUGAACAUGCGUUCGGCAACAUUAUGGAGCCGAAACGCCAGAGAACCGCUUACACCAGACACCAAAUACUAGAACUAGAAAAGGAGUUCCACUUCAAUAGAUAUCUAACGAGACGACGCAGGAUCGAGAUUGCUCAUAGUCUGUGUUUAACAGAGCGGCAAAUCAAGAUAUGGUUCCAGAACAGGAGGAUGAAAUGGAAGAAGGAUAACAAGUUACCCAACACGAAGAAUGUCAAAAAGAAGCAGCAGAAUCAACAAAAUCAACAGCAAUCUCAGCCUCGACCCGGUCAGACGGUGACGGUGCCAUCGGGUGGAGGAGCAGGUGCCCCAGUGCUAGGAGAAACAGCGUCGCACAACAUCGCAGCUACUCCGCCGUUAGCAGCUCUCGGAGCACAGCCUUAUCUGUAUCCGUCAUACAAUCCAGCAACGGGACCGAGUCAGCAUUUAGCACAAGCGCCUCCGCAGCUGCCGCAACCGCCCCGCACCAGCAGCGCGUUGAUUACAUCUUCAUCCUCCGAAGAACCAGUAGUCCAGACAUGCAUGAUUUCAGAACCCACGUCGUCUCAUCUGAAGAAAGAAUACGGAUUCACUCAAUUGUAAAUAUGACCGAUCAUAGAGGGACACAUUCAGCAGAGUUCGGAUAUCUCGAGGCGAAACACGAAUCAUUCGCUUCCGACGGAAUGUCAAUCGUCAUCGACGCCAACAACAACGAUGGAAACUUCUAGAAAGAGCCCGACGAAUAUUCGGUACCGAGACUAGGUACGAAACGGGCUACCCAAACUCUCUUCUCGUACUCGAAAACAUCAAUCAAAACUCAAGCGAACAAGCCAAUCGUGCUGAAAGAGCUUUUCGAGCAGACCGAAACGAGCUUUGAAACAUCAACUCAUCGAUGGAUAUCCGACGUGUGUGCGCUGCUAGCUCACACUCCAAUUUUCCUUGAAUGAUGAUCCAAGUGGGGGAUGGAUCGGAGCGAUCUUGUAAAGAUAGAAACUGAAAUUCCAAUCCUCUGUGUACAUACUUAGGGACAUAUGUAGCCUAUCAGACGGUGAAAGAUUCCAAUCUGCUCGUACUUUGCAAACAACCGAUAAGUAAAACGGAUAAGAAAAACGAUGAAACGUACCAGCAAACAAACAAACAAACCAACCAACCCACCUAGCUCUGUUCAGUAAGCUUCCUAUCUGAGGACUUUUCCCCGAGAAGCCAUCACAACCAUCUUUCUCAUCCACCGAUGGAUCUUUCGAUUGUGAUAAUGGCUGCGAUGGAAUUUGUUCAAUCAUUCUCUCUGGGAUGGCGUUCGUACAUUAAGAUUGAAUCAAACAUGACAGACCCAACAACGGAAACUCUAGUCUUCUUUGUUCCCCUCGAUAUUCUGCUAUAUUCGCUACUCCCCGUCGAUAUGGGCUUGCAGACCCAUGACCUGGGCUGAUUUCCCUCCAAUCAAUUCAAGACGAUCACUGACGGAGACGGUUUCAUCGGGGCCUAAGUAGGGAAAAUGACGACGUCGGCGACGGUGAGACGGAUAAGGGAGUAAGUUACGUAAGCUUCUCGGACCUACUAGCAAUGGACGUUACUCAACAACUCAUAGCUGAGUAUCCCGGAUGUAAGUGUCUGCAGGAAUGAUUUUUGAACUCUUAUCGAUAAGAGCGGGUCAAUGGAAGAAAUGUGCAGGGAAAGCUGAAGGAGGGAGAACAGAGCUGGAUCCGA